GCCUGCGUGCAGCUGGGUGCCUCAGGUGACGGCUCCUCCCCUGUAGCUGUUGUAAUUUCUGUUGUCUUUAGAUUCUCUUCCAGUAAUAGCAGCUCCAUCCAUGUGGACGCGACCCCAGAUCAAAGACUUUAAGGAGAAGAUCCGGCAGGACGCGGAUUCCGUGAUCACGGUGGGCCGAGGAGAGGUGGUCACUGUUCGCGUACCCACCCACGAAGAAGGAUCCUAUCUCUUCUGGGAAUUUGCCACAGACAGUUAUGACAUUGGGUUUGGGGUAUAUUUUGAAUGGACAGACUCUCCGAACACUGCUGUCAGCGUGCAUGUCAGUGAAUCCAGCGAUGACGAGGAGGACGACGAAGAAAACAUCCCUUCUGAAGAGAAAGCCAAAAAGGAUGCCAACAAGCCCUUGCUGGACGAGAUUGUGCCUGUGUACCGACGGGACUGUCACGAGGAGGUGUACGCCGGCAGCCACCAAUACCCAGGGAGAGGAGUCUACCUCCUCAAGUUCGACAACUCCUACUCUUUGUGGAGGUCAAAGUCAGUCUACUACAGAGUCUAUUAUACGAGAUAAAGAUGUUACUGCAGAGCCUGGAGCCUAGGGCUGGGCAGAAGAUGGCAUUUAGUUGGGAAGUUUCUUUUGACUUUUGUGGAGCAUUGCAGUGAGUGUUUGCCCUGUUGGUUGUGGUCUGAUGGUUUGUGAACUCUUGUUGAGAAUCGGGACUUCCUGGAGACCAUUUAGCAUUAAUCCUUAGGGGUAAAGGGGUUCCCAGACCUAGCCCGCCGUUCGGUGCCGACCAGCAGCAUCCCUAGAGGAUGCGGAAGUUCCGUGAGCUGCGUGUUACAUCUUUAAGGUCUCCAGAAUAAACAUCCCGCGGUGGAGCCCCGCUGGGUUAGUCCCCUGCUACCUGCCCGAUGUGUUUAUGGGAGCCCACCGUUACAGCGCCCUCUCGUGAAAUCCUUACGUUAGUGUUCUACCCGAGGCACACAACUGGGAAGAUCACGAUUUUUAAAACUUAAAAAUUCGAGACCUCACAGAUUAUAGUGGGAAAUAGUUGCUUCAAUUUGAUGUGGUUGUGAAUGACCCAGAUUGGUUUUUGCUUUGGGAACAGCUGCUUAGUUCAGAGUUACAUUACAGGGAGUUACUUUCUGAGAUGAUCUUAAAAUAGAAUGUCCACACCCGAUUGCUGAUGCAAGUGUCAGCACACGCAGACCACCUCAACACCCUCGCCUCCACGGCUCACGGGCCUCUUCAUUUGGUGUGUAUACUGCCUGUAGCAGCCCAAAAGCCACUCAUAUUUGUCUUGAUUUGGCUUUGUGUAAGAGCAUCUCCAAUUGAAACUGUUUUCUACACAAGCAUAUAGUUACAUAAACAGUUUUGUAAACUCAAAUUGCCACCCACUGAAUUAAAAAUAGAGAAAAUCAUUUAAAUAUAAUUCAGUGUAUGAAGAAGAACAUUGCACUAUGUGGAGAUCACUGCCAGAGACGGCCCAUUUUUAAUUUGUUACUCCUUAGGCACAAACCCUCCAGGACUUCCGUUUGGAAUUACUAGAGAAUUGGAAGUGCAUAUGCCCACGCUGAAAUUUUGUAUGGCUUUAGUCUGUAUUAUGUUUUUAUUGAUGGGAAGAGGUACACCUUCAUUUUCUUCACUGGAAACAAAUGUGGGUUAAUUAAUUGCCUCCGAUAUAUAUAAGUGAUUGACUAGUCUAGAGAUUCUUGUUUUCAGAGGGAGGAUAGUACAGAUAGAAAAUGACAACGAUGGCAAUAUACACACGUAAUGUUACUCUAUGUUGUUACUGAAAUACUUCCAUUUUUUACAUGUCAGAUCCUAAGUCACUCUGUAGGAGGGCUCCCCUGCAGUGGGUACAGUUCACUACAUAAGGAAGGGGCUGUUGGUUUUGUGUGCUGCGUUCUUUCUGUUUUUUUAAUACCUGGUUUUGUACAUACCUAAUUGUUUUCUGUUGUUUGGAAACUGGAUUAUUUUUCCUAAGAAGUGCUUAACCUGUGUUUUUUCAUUUUGAUUAGUUUCAGCUCAUAGACGUUCACACUGUUACAUUAGAGCACUUGUCAGCUGUCCGUCAGCUCUCAUGUACAUACGGUCUAGAAACCAUGGUGUUAGGCACUUCCGGGCUGUUUUGUUGUGUUUUGUUUUGUUUUUUUAAUGAGAAAAUACUGUAUUUAAAAUGUAAAAUAAACUUUGAAAAAGCAGGCACUAAUAUAUAUUUCUUCCAGCCUUUGAUUACAGACUUGUCCUUGCACAUGUUAAGAUGGAUUAUCUUCUAAAAUAUCAUUGUUCUUGGGAGCAGUGUGUGUGACUUCACAUAGCAGCGGUUCCUGUCACCUGUCCAUGUCAGAACAUUGUUGGUUUAAACUUUUAUAUUGCCUUUGGCUGUUGAUUAGUACAGUUCAAAUGCGAUUUCAAAGAGAUCUUGGAAAAUAUAUAUUUAAUCAAUUAAAAUGUUUAUCUGUAA